GUGCGGUGCAGCCGCGGAUGGAUGCUGCGGGAAGGGGCUGCCAUUUGCUGCCCCAGCCAGCGGCGCGCUGACCUGCCCAGUCUCCUGCAGUCGUCGCCGCUCGGCCCCGGCCCCGCUUGCAGCCGGUCCACCUCAGCUCCGUCCGUGGUUCCUGGGGCCGUCACCAUGAACACUAGCUCAGGGAGCGGAGAGGAGAAAGGGGCUGCCGGCAGCAGCAGCAGCGGAAGCGGCGGCGGCGGCGGCGGGAGCUGCUGCCGCGGAGCCGAGGGCGGUGUACCGGACACGCGGAGCGCAGGGGCUGGAGCCUCGGCAGCGGUGGCGGCGGCGGCGGCAGCAGCAGCAGCCGCCCUGGAGGAGCCUCAGGCCACGGGCCAGAAGGAGAAGGACGAGGCUCUGGAGGAGAAGCUGAGAAACUUAACUUUCCGGAAGCAGGUCUCUUACAGGAAGGCAAUCUCUCGGUCAGGCCUCCAGCAUUUGGCUCCAGUGCAUUCCCUCAGCCUACCUAUUGCCAAUGGUCCAGCGAAGGAACCCAGAGCAACACUAGACUGGAGUGAGAACGCUGUGAAUGGAGAACACCUGUGGCUGGAAACCAAUGUCUCGGGAGACCUGUGUUACCUUGGGGAGGAAAACUGUCAAGUCAAGUUUGCAAAAUCUGCUCUCAGGAGGAAGUGUGCUGUCUGUAAAAUUGUGGUCCACACAGCCUGCAUAGAGCAGCUAGAAAAGAUUAACUUCAGAUGCAAACCAACUUUCCGGGAAGGAGGCUCCAGAUCUCCAAGAGAAAAUUUUGUCCGUCAUCACUGGGUACACAGACGGCGGCAGGAGGGAAAAUGUAAGCAGUGUGGUAAGGGGUUCCAGCAGAAGUUCUCCUUUCACAGUAAAGAGAUUGUGGCCAUCAGCUGUUCUUGGUGUAAGCAGGCGUUUCACAACAAGGUUACCUGCUUCAUGAUGCACCACAUUGAGGAGCCAUGUUCCCUUGGGGCUCAUGCUGCUGUCAUUGUCCCACCUACCUGGAUCAUUAAGGUGAAGAAACCUCAGGAGGUCUCCAUACCAGGAGACGACUUUGGUUGGGCGGGAGACUGGAGUCCCACAGAGAAUAUGGGAGUCUCCCAUCUGUACUGGGAGGGUUGGCAGAAUUCAUUAAAGGCUUCAAAUCGGAAGAAGAAGAGGACAAGCUUUAAAAGGAAAGCCAGCAAAAGAGGAGCUGAACCAGAAAAUAAAGGCCGGCCAUUUGUGAUAAAACCCAUCUCCUCUCCACUCAUGAAACCACUGCUCAUAUUUGUGAAUCCCAAGAGUGGAGGCAACCAGGGGACCAAAAUUCUCCAGAUGUUCAUGUGGUAUCUGAAUCCACGGCAGGUCUUUGAUCUUUCUCAGGAAGGGCCAAGAGAUGCGCUUGAGCUGUAUAGAAAAGUGCCGAAUCUUCGAAUCCUGGCCUGUGGUGGGGAUGGAACGGUCGGUUGGAUCCUUUCCAUCCUUGAUGAACUUCAACUCAGUCCUCAGCCUCCUGUUGGGGUUCUUCCUCUGGGUACUGGGAAUGACCUGGCUCGAACUCUCAACUGGGGAGGGGGUUACACAGAUGAACCUGUCUCCAAGAUAUUGUGCCAUGUGGAAGAUGGAACUAUUGUGCAGCUAGAUCGAUGGAAUCUCCACGUAGAAAGAAACCCUGAUUUACCCCCUGAAGAACUUGAAGAUGGUGUAUGCAAGCUUCCCCUCAAUGUUUUCAAUAAUUACUUCAGCCUUGGAUUUGAUGCUCAUGUUACACUGGAAUUCCAUGAAUCUCGAGAAGCAAAUCCAGAGAAAUUCAACAGUCGCUUUAGAAAUAAAAUGUUUUAUGCAGGGGCAGCCUUUUCUGACUUCCUGCAGAGAAGCUCCAGGGAUUUAUCCAAACAUGUCAAGGUUGUGUGUGAUGGAACAGACCUCACCCCAAAGAUUCAGGAGCUGAAGUUCCAAUGUAUAGUGUUUUUAAAUAUACCCAGGUACUGUGCAGGCACAAUGCCUUGGGGAAAUCCAGGAGAUCAUCUGGAUUUUGAACCUCAGCGCCAUGAUGAUGGCUAUAUUGAGGUCAUUGGAUUCACCAUGGCUUCUUUGGCUGCCCUGCAAGUUGGAGGCCAUGGAGAAAGACUUCAUCAGUGCCGGGAGGUAAUGCUACUAACAUACAAAUCCAUCCCUAUGCAAGUGGAUGGAGAGCCCUGUAAGUUGGCCCCUGCUCUGAUUCGGAUAUCCCUGAGAAAUCAGGCCAACAUGGUGCAGAAGAGCAAGAGGAGAACGUCCAUGCCUUUACUUAAUGAUAUCCAUAAGGUGCAAACCACUGACCUGAGGAGAGUUUCUGCUCCCCCUGGCUCCUUCACCAUUCCCCAUUCUGUCCCAGACCGCCUGCGGAUCCGAGUGAACAGAAUUAGUUUACAAGACUAUGAAGGCUUGCACUAUGACAAAGAAAAGCUCCGGGAAGCUUCUAUCCCUCUGGGCAUUCUAGUUGUACAAGGAGACUGUGAUUUGGAAACUUGCCGUAUGUACAUUGACCGCCUACAGGAGGAUCUGCAGUCAGUUCCUUCUAGUACCCAGAGAGUUCAUUACCAGGCUUUAGUCUGCCAGAGCCCUGGGACUGGUUCCUGCCCCAGCAGAAUGUGCACAAGAAGCUUCCUUCCCGGGAUAGAAGACUGCUUCAGAUCUAAGGAUCAGGAAACCUCUUUCCCCAGGGCUCUUUCAGCUCAGAGACUUUCCCCCAGGUGGUGCUUCCUAGAUGCUACUUCUGCUGAUCGCUUUUAUCGAAUAGACCGAGCUCAGGAACAUUUGCACUUUGUGAUGGAAAUUUCACAAGAUGAGAUUUUUAUCCUGGAUCCAGAUAUUGGUGGUAUCACAGCAAGCGGGGACACCGCCAGGGAUGCCUGAUCUGGUGGUGGAACAAGCUUCAGGGAUGUCAGAUUGGUGGAACCCUGCUCUUCGAAAACGCAUGCUGAGUGACAGUGGGCUGGGAAAAAUAUCACCACACUUUGAGGUCUCU